AUGCUAGGAGAAUCCUGUUUCCCACAAGUAAGGGUUGGGAUCCGAACCUCCGAUCUGCGUCAACGAUCAAAAAUCAAAGAUGACGUUCUGUACGCCAAACAGUCGAAGAUAAGUCAGGACGGCACAAAUUUUUCGCUCUCAUCGCAAAUCUCAUCGCUGAGCAGAUCGCCAUCGGAUACCCAAAAGAGAAACGACCUUCAUAUUCCGCUUCAUAAGCGAAUGGCAAAAAAAAUUCGUGUCACUCUUUCAUUUGUUGCUGAUUGGUUUUUCCUUACGGAAAUCCACUUUAAUUCUGAUGACAAAAUUUAUGCUCAUACAAUUUUUGCACAACCUUCGAUAACAAAACAUCAAAUCGAAGAAGAAUAUGGAGGAGAUUCGCUAGAACGACCAUCACUGCAUGCUGCCAACAAAAAUGACGAUAUUCAUCAGUACGACAGUGUUGCAGUUAGAGAACAAAUUAACAAGUUGCUGGGCCUUUGCGCUGAUGUAUGCGAAGGCAUGCGGCAUUUGGAGUCACUUGGUAUCGUGCAUGGUCAUCUUACUCCAAAUAAUAUAGUACUCGACGAGAAUUUAAGAGCCAAAGUGACGUCACCACGUGGUCUAGCACAUUAUGCUCAGCUUCGCUAUAGUUCUCCAGAAAGUAUUUUGCAGAACUCUUUCUCAUCGCGUUCAGAUGUAUGGGCGUUUGCAGUGUGUUGUUGGGAAAUUGCAGAUACUUCCUGCAAGAAAAUUCCAUUUGCAUCGCUUUCGAAUUCCGAAAUUAUCGAAAACGCCGAGAAAAUUAUGAAUGGCCACAAUGAUGCGAUCGUUCUUACAUUCAAGGAUUUUAUUCCUCGAGGAAUACGUAACGUUCUUCUACGAUGCUUUGAUGCCGAACCUCAGGCUAGACCGCUCUUCGCUCACAUAUCCUGUCUUAUGAGCAAGUAUUACGUUACCAUAGAUGAAUAG